GUAAUUCAUCCCUCUAGUCUCUGUGAUGUCUGUCUGGAUCCAUACAAUAUCUCGUCUACACCCGCUAAUGUUCCUCACGCCAUUGCUUGUGGUCACAUCUUCUGUCUCACGUGCGUCCUGCUUUGCUGGCCUCCUUGCUCUUUCUCGUAGUGUUGCGGUCUUACCUCGACGAUCAGAUGCCUCCUUGCUCUCAGUCCAAGUGCCUGUCCCCUUUGCCGGAAGGCCUUCCAACCAGAUCGCAGUCUGACGAUGUCACCAACGAUGAAGCCGAGUCUCAAGCUAAUGCCCUGCUGCAACGUGUUGCAUUG